ACUUUACUUGUCAUUCUGGUCUGGGUCACCUCUCCUUUUAUUUUUCUCAUCCAAACCACCCCCUCCACUCUGAUUAGUCAAUUAUGUCGGGAUUCAACAUUGCCACCCCAGCAGCCAUGCAGACCCCAUCGCUGCCCACGCCUCAUCACCCAUCUCCAUUUGCCGUGCCAUCGACCCCUGCUCCCAUCGAUGCGCCUACGCCAAGUAGAGAUCAGAACCCUUACAUGGUGGCUGGCAUUACUCCCACAUUGCAAAACAUUGUCGCUACGGUCAACUUGGAUUGCCGCUUGGAUCUGAAAACCAUUGCUCUCCAUGCCCGCAAUGCAGAGUACAAUCCAAAGCGUUUCGCUGCUGUUAUCAUGCGUAUUCGUGACCCAAAGACGACGGCCUUGAUCUUUGCAUCGGGCAAGAUGGUGGUGACAGGUGCCAAAUCCGAAGAUGACUCAAAGUUGGCUUCGCGAAAGUACGCUCGUAUCAUUCAAAAGCUUGGUUUCCCUGCAAAGUUCACAGACUUUAAGAUUCAAAACAUUGUUGGUUCUUGUGAUGUCAAGUUUCCAAUUCGUCUUGAGGGUCUGGCUUACUCUCACGGACAUUUCAGCUCCUAUGAACCUGAAUUGUUUCCGGGUCUUAUCUACCGUAUGGUGAAGCCUAAGAUCGUCUUGCUUAUUUUCGUUUCUGGAAAGAUUGUGCUGACGGGUGCCAAGGUGAGGGAGGAAAUCUACCAAGCUUUCCAAGCCAUCUACCCAGUAUUGCAGGAAUUCCGCAAACCAUGAAAGAAACCUAUCCACAUCGUCGGUAGUAUUGUACAGUUUAUUAACCUCCCCUUCUUCUUUUCUACCACAAAAUUUCCAACUCACAACCCCCCCCCCCCAAUUUUAAAACAAUACUUGUAAAUUAGCUGCUUUUCCUUGCAUAUUUUUUAAAGAGAAAGAAGUACACUUU